AGAAAACGAUGGCGAAAUGCGCCUCAGCCCCUCCCGGCGAAGUUCAGCUCUUCCGAACCCUCACUGGUCUUCGACAACUGGCGGGAGCCCGUCGUUUCAAGUAGGAAAUUGGCAACCAGUGGUGCCAAGAUGGUGAUUAUAAGUAAUUCCUCAAGACGUGCAUAAACAACAAUGAACAAAAUGAAGAGCCUUGGAUUUGAUCCCUCUUUCUUUGAAGGAGCCAUCACCAGUGGAGAAUUAACACAUCAAUACUUGCAAAGGAGAGAUAAUCCUUGGUUUGCUGCACUAAGAAGGUCUUGCAUUCAUAUAACCUGGAGUGACAAGGGUGCUAUAUCUCGAGUUGUGGAGAAUGUUGAAGAAGCCGAGUUUGUUUUGGUCCAUGGAACUGAAGUCUUGGGCCUUCAUUCUGGUAACAUCUGUCCAGUGAGUAUUGAGGAUCUUGAGAAAAUAUUGGAACAAUGUGCUUCUGAAAGGAUUCCCCUGAUCGUAGCUAAUCCAGACUUUGUGACUGUUGAGGCUAGAGCUUUACUUAUCAUGCCUGGUAAAGAUGUCUGAUUUAACUUGGUUUGACUCUUCUUGAGUGUCUCAUAUAGACAGAAACACACUGUUUAGGCUCUCAACUUUGAACUCUAAGUCUCCUAAGUCUCCUAAGCAUUUUGUGUGGCAGCACUACAGGAGUUUCUUUUCUGUUCAUGUGUUAAAGUA